GGAAGGAUCUCUGGGUACAAAUGACCCUGCGCUGCCCAGGCUCCUGAGUCCAGCUGCUGACUGCUCAUCCCUUGCGCAAGCUCAGAGCUCCCAGCCACAAACACCAUGAAGCUGUCCCUGUGUGCCCUGCUGGUCGCUGUGGCCCUUUGCUGCUACCAGACUGACGCAGCCGUAAUUUGCCCAGCCCUUGCGGGACAGAUGAGUACAUUUAUCCUCGCCCCAGAAAAUGUCUUGAAAGUAUACAUGGCUCAAUUUCAUGCCCCUAAGGCUGCUGAGGAUGCCGCGUUGCUUUGGAAGGCCUGCUACAAUGAAGCCCUGCCCCUUGAAAAGAGAAAGCUAAUUUCAGGAACUUUGGUGAAGGUUGUUGCAGCCUGCAGAAAGGAAUUAUAACAAGUCUUCUAACUGUCCUCUAUGAUUUGCAGAGUUCUAAUGAAUUUCAAGAAAAUGUCAAGGUUUCAACCUCUCUUCUAAUAAAUUACUUGCUCGGCACA